ACUGUAGGCUGGCAGCUGUCCUAACUGCCUACUGAAGCCAAAUGCUGGAGGAGAGAGAGAGAAAAGAGCCAGCUAUGAAUCCUUUCCAGAAAAAUGAGUCCAAGGAAACUCUUUUUUCACCUGUCUCCACUGAAGAGGUACCACCCAGGCCUCCCAGCCCUCCAAAGAAGUCAUCUCCGAAAAUCUGUGGCUCCAGCUAUCCACUGAGCAUUGCAUUCAUUGUGGUGAAUGAAUUCUGCGAGCGCUUUUCCUAUUAUGGCAUGAAAGCUGUGCUGACUCUGUAUUUCCUGUAUUUCCUGCAUUGGAAUGAAGACACCUCCACAUCUGUGUACCAUGCCUUCAGCAGCCUCUGUUAUUUCACUCCCAUCCUGGGAGCCGCCAUUGCUGACUCGUGGUUGGGAAAAUUCAAGACAAUCAUCUAUCUCUCCCUGGUGUAUGUGCUUGGCCAUGUGCUCAAGUCCUUGGGUGCGAUACCAGUCCUGGGGGGAAAAGUGGUACACACAAUCCUAUCAUUGGUUGGUCUGAGUCUAAUAGCUUUGGGAACAGGAGGUAUCAAACCCUGUGUGGCAGCUUUUGGUGGAGACCAGUUUGAAGAAAAACAUGCAGAGGAACGGACUAGAUACUUCUCAGUCUUCUAUCUCUCCAUCAAUGCAGGGAGCUUGAUUUCUACGUUUAUCACACCCAUGCUUAGAGGAGAUGUGCAAUGUUUUGGGGACGACUGCUAUGCCUUGGCUUUUGGAGUUCCAGGAUUGCUCAUGGUCAUAGCACUUGUUGUGUUUGCGAUGGGAAGCAAAAUGUACAAAAAACCACCUCCUGAAGGAAACAUAGUGGCUCAAGUUAUCAAAUGUAUCUGGUUUGCUAUUUCCAACCGCUUCAAGAACCGUUCUGGGGAUAUUCCAAAGCGACAGCACUGGCUGGACUGGGCCUCUGAGAAGUACCCAAAGCAUCUCAUUAUGGAUGUGAAGGCACUGACUAGGAUACUGUUCCUUUAUAUUCCAUUGCCCAUGUUCUGGGCUCUUUUGGAUCAGCAGGGCUCACGAUGGACCCUACAAGCCACCAAGAUGAAUGGGAAUUUGGGAUUUUUUGUGCUUCAGCCGGACCAGAUGCAGGUACUAAAUCCCUUUCUGGUUCUUAUCUUCAUCCCAUUGUUUGACCUUGUCAUUUAUCGUCUGAUUGCCAAGUGUGGAAUUAGCUUCUCAUCACUCAGGAAAAUGGCAAUUGGUAUGAUCCUAGCAUGCCUGGCAUUUGCAGUUGCAGCAGUUAUAGAAAUAAAAAUAAAUGAAAUGGCUCCGCCCCAGCCAGGUUCACAAGAAAUCUACCUACAAAUCUUGAACCUGGCAGAUGAUGAAGUGAACGUGACAGUGCUGGGAAAUGGCAAUCAUUCUCUGUUGACAGAGUCCAUCAAAUCCUUUCAGAAAACAACAAAUUACUCUAAAUUGCACCUGAAGACAAAAAGCCAGGAUUUUCAGUUCCAUCUGAAGUAUCACAAUUUGUCUGUCCGUACUGAGCAUUCUGUAGAGGAGAAGAACUGGUACAGUCUGAUCAUUCAUGAGAAUGGGAAAGGCAUCUCCAGCAUGAUGGUAAAGGACAUAGAAAACAAAACAAUGAAUGGGAUGACAGCCAUCAGGUUUAUUAACACUUUGCAUGAAGAUGUCAACAUCUCCUUGGGUACAGAUAUCCCCCUCAAUGUUGGUGAAGACUAUGGUGUGUCUCCUUACAGAACUGUGCAAAGAGGAGAAUACACUGCAGUGCGCUGUAAAACAGAAGAUAAGGAAUUUUCUCUGAAUUUGGGUCUACUAGACUUUGGUGCAUCGUAUCUAUUUGUUAUUACUAAUAUCACCAAUCAGGGUCUUCAGGCCUGGAAGAUGGAAGACAUUCCGGUCAAUGAAAUGUCCAUUGCAUGGCAACUACCACAGUAUAUUCUGGUUACAGCUGCUGAAGUCAUGUUCUCUGUCACAGGACUUGAAUUUUCUUAUUCUCAGGCUCCAUCUAGCAUGAAAUCUGUUCUUCAGGUAGCCUGGUUGUUGACUGUUGCAGUUGGGAAUAUCAUUGUGCUUGUUGUGGCCCAGUUCAGUGGCCUGGUACAGUGGGCUGAAUUCGUUUUGUUUUCCUGCCUCCUCCUGGUGGUCUGCUUGAUCUUCUCCAUCAUGGGCUACUACUAUGUUCCUGUAAAGUCAGAGGAUAUUCACAGACCAGCAGAUAAGCAGAUUCUCAAUUUCCAAGGGAACAUGAUCAACCUAGAGACCAAGAAUACAAAGCUCUGAUGAUUCCCUGGACUGACACAAGUUCCUGUUCCUGAUCUUAGUCAUCACCCAUCUUCAAGCAUUUAUUAUCUCCUAUUGGUUUAGGAGAAAGAUAACAUCAUAUCUGAGCUGAUCUCUUGUACCUUUCUCCCAUGAUAGAGGUAAUUUCAGAACUGAGUUUUCUAGUGCAUCUUUCAACAAGGCCCUAAGAUAUUAUGUCUUCCUGUCUAUCAGUGAACUCAGUAAACAUUCUGUAGUGUUGCUCAAUCUGGCCUCAUUUCUCCAAAAGGGCAAAAAAUGUAUAAUAGAAAUAAGUCUCUUUAGAAAUCAGUUAUGAACUGAUGACCCCACUUUUUGAGGUGCUGGUUUAGAAGCAAUAAUACAGAAUAAUAGAGACAUGGUUUUUCAGGUUACGUAUCAACAAUGUAAUUGUGUUCUUCACAAGGACCUCAAGAAUGGUUUUUAUGGUAUGAUCUGGUCCAAGGAGUGGCUGGCUUGUCAGUUAUCCAUGUUUAAUAAGAUCUUAAAUGGCAGGAGACAAUAUGCCAUUUUGUUAACACAUAGAAGAUAUAUCUUUCUGAUUACUAUAGUACUUUAUAUACUCACCUACAUAUCCCAUUUCUCGAUACUUAUAGAUCCUGGAAACCAAGUUAAAGAUAGUGAACAUUAGUAAACAUGGUCCUGGGAAAUAGAAACAAGUAUAAAUUGCAGAAAUCCUGAUGAACUAUUCAGUCUUUUAAAGUGCACAUUCCUCUUAGGAACUAUUUGAACCCUUGGACUAUAUGCCCUUCUGUGGAUAGCUGUAUAGACAUUAACUAUAAUUUUGCAACCUAGCUUUUAAGUAUUGCCAGGACAGUUUUUUCUUAUUAUUACAUCUUGUUUUUCUUAUUGCAACAGAUCUUUAAUAACAAAAUGCUUUUAUCAGCCAACUUCCUUUUUAAAUGUUUUUUCAUUUAGCCUCAAAGCAGUAGUUUUGUUUUGAGAUUUUUCCUGGCUUACUUUCUCCAAAAAUACCCAAAUGAUAUUUCUUCCUUUAGUCUUGGAAAUUUCCUGCUUAUUCACAAAAGGUAAUAUUACUUCUCAGAUUUGAGGUUCUAAACGAUAAUACUCAAUAAAGGGGGAUGGUCCUGCAUGAGGUUUCUAUCAAAAUCUAUGUGUGAGAGGGACAAAAGCAGGGUUUUUGCUUGUAUGCAUGAAAAAAGUUGAGAAACUUACCUUGCACACAAUGAAUUAAUGAUGGGAUAGACCUGGGAAUAUGACUAUGCAGUGUAUUUCUUUUUUCUUUAAUUUUUUACUGGUCUUUUUAGUUAAACAUAAUACUAGGACUCAUUUUGACAUAAGUAUAAAAGUAUGGAAUAUAAUUUGGUCUAAUUUGGUCGUGGUAUUUCCCCUUUCUCUCCCCUCCACCCUCCCCUGCUUCCUUCCCUGGACUCUACUGACCUUUCUAUGCAGUGUAUUUGUAGGGGGAAACUUUUGUACCUGAGGGCCUUUUUCCAUUCAUUUAACUUUGUUAUUCUCAUCUAGAACACUGCUGUGUCUCACAUUAUUAAAAAUGUAAUAGGUAAGAGAAUUUUCCCUAUUCCCCAAGUUUUAUAUACUUCAGUGAUCAUAACUAAGGUUUCAGAAGUACAAAACUGGCAGCAGCACCAUCCAGUUUUUCCAGGUAUCUUGAUGUGAAUCUGACUGUACUCAUUUUUAAGCUGCUUUAAACCAAACUGUGUUGUAAAUUUUGUUUCCAGACAUGUUAACACUGUUCUGUGAAUAAAGGUGUCUAUGAACACAUACAUUUGGGAAAU